UCAAGCCUCAAGGUUUUUGCUGCAGAUCACAUGCUUUGCUGUAUUGCUCAAGGGGUUGAUAUUGUUGAAGAUGGAACUGGUCCUUGCUGUUCUAAUAUUGGCUUGCUUGCAUUCUACUGUACAAUCUGAUUAUCAAGGAGAUGCACUAUACGCUUUGAAGAAUUCAUUGCAUGUUCCAAGCACUCUGCUGACUGAUUGGAAUCAAAACCAAGUUAAUCCAUGCACUUGGUCCAAUGUCAUCUCUGAUAAUAGUAACAAUGUUGUCUCUGUGAGAUUGUCAACCAUGAACUUUUCUGGAACCUUGUCCCCCAGAAUAGGAGUUCUGAGGAAUCUAAAAGAACUUACGUUGAAAGGAAAUAACAUAAAUGGUGAAAUACCUGAAGAGUUUGGAAAUCUUUCAAAUUUAAACAGCCUGGACUUGGAAAAUAAUCAUUUAACUGGUCAAAUACCAUCUUCACUUGGUAAUCUAAAAGAGCUUCAGUUCUUAACUUUGAGUCAAAAUAACCUCAAUCGCUCUAUUCCUGAGUCACUUGCAGAUCUUCCAAACUUGAUCAAUAUUCAGCUUGAUUCCAAUAAUCUCAGCGGCCAAAUUCCUGCACUUUUAUUCCAAAUUCCUAAGUACAAUUUCACGGGAAACCAUUUGAAUUGUGAUAAAAAUCUACCCCACCCUUGUGAAUCUAGGAGUAACGAUUCAGGGGCUUCAAAGAAGCCAACUAUCAGAAUUAUAGUUGGGAUUUUUGGAGUUGUUCUUCUUUUUGGAGUGUUUCUGUUUUUCUGGUGCAAGGCUAAACAUAAAGGCUACAGGCGUGAAGUAUUUGUAGAUGCUGCAGUUGCUACAUCCAAGUCUCAUCUUACAUUCUUUGAUGUUGGAGUCAGGAAGUUCGAGACAGAGAAGAGACUGGAUGCUAUUAUAGAUCCCAACCUUAAUAGAAGUUACAACUUCCAAGAGGUGGAGAUUAUGAUUCAAAUUGCGUGGCUCUGUACACAACAAUUACCUGAGGCCCGUCCAGCAAUGUCAGAGGUUGUAUGCAUGCUGGAAGGAGAGGGGCUGGCUGAGAGAUGGGAAGAGUGGCAGCACGUUGAAGUUACUUGCGGGCAAGAGUACGAGAGACUGCAAAGAGGAUUUGACUAG